CCACAUAUGGUGAAUGAGGUGUAAGCAAGUAUUGUCGCCAUGUGUAUGCUUUUCCUCUUCCUUGCCCAAACUUACAUACUCAACACCGAGAAUUUGAUUCUGAAAGAUUCGUUAACAAAAUCACGAAACACAACAGAGAAAAAUCUGAAUUCGAUCCAAUCAUCCAAUGAAGACAAUUAUCUCGCGCUUGAUCCAUUCCUCUCCUUCCUCCAUUUCCAAACUCAAUGCAUUUGCUGUGUCGAUUAACGGGAGAAAUUUGUCUACGGACUCUACGAAGAUUGAUGAGCCGUUUAAAGUUGAUGAAGCUGGGACUGUAAAUGUGCCACCACCUCAACCCCCAACAGAGAAGUUGCUUGUGUUGGGAGGCAAUGGUUUUGUUGGAUCUCAUGUCUGUAGAGAAGCCUUAAAUCGCGGUGUGCCUGUUGCGAGUAUUAGUAGGUCUGGCAGGUCAUCCGUUCACGACUCAUGGGCUAGCAAUGUCAUAUGGUAUAAAGGGAAUCUCCUUUCCCCCGAGUCAUUGAAAGAGGCUCUGAAUGGGGUCACUACUGUUAUCUCAUGUGUUGGUGGUUUUGGCUCCAACGCAACCAUGUACAAAAUUAAUGGGACUGCUAACAUCAAUGCAAUUAGAGCAGCUUCAGAUGAAGGUAUUAAAAGAUUUGUCUAUAUCUCUGCUGCCGACUUUGGUGUUGUAAAUUACUUGCUGCAGGGGUAUUAUGAAGGAAAGAGAGCGGCUGAAACAGAGCUUUUGACUAGAUUUCCAUAUGGAGGAAUAAUUCUGAGGCCAGGGUUUAUUUAUGGGACUCGAAAUGUUGGGAGUAUGAAGAUACCUCUUGGCAUAGUUGGAUCACCGAUGGAGAUGGUUUUUCAACAUACCAGAGCAUUGACCCAGAUCCCACUUGUUGGGCCUCUAUUGACACCUCCUGUCAAUGUUACUGCGGUGGCUAAAGUUGCUGUUAGAGCUGCUAUUGAUCCUGUUUUUCCGCCUGGGGUCAUAGAUGUCUAUGGAAUCCAACGUUACAGUCAGAAUAAAUCAAAGUAGAAUUAGCUUUAUUUGGUUUUCUGGUAAAAUCUGACAGGAGAAAAUUUAUAUACGAAAUACCCGUUCUAUGAUAGUUAAACUGAGAAUAUUUCUGAGAGAAUAAUGUCUGAAAGUGCAUGCAUGUAACCACAGAUCAUUCCUUCACAUUUCCACAAUAUUUAUGUCAAAUUCUUUUUGAUGGAUUUUA